CGUUUCCCACCCCCUCGGGCCCAUAAACCGUACGUCGAAACUUCUUGCUGCAAAACUGACAAUAUGGCGACCUUUCGCUUGGUUUACAAAAAUCAAAUUCAGCACGUGUGUAAAGGUGCCAAACUACAAUCGUGAAAAUAUGGGCGAUAACAGACAGGAGCAGACUUACGAUGGACCCGCUGGUAUGCAACCGGACGGAGUCAUCGAGUCCAACUGGAACGAGACCGUCGACAACUUCGACGAUAUGCACCUGAAGGAGCAGCUGCUCCGUGGCAUCUACGCCUACGGUUUCGAGAAGCCGUCUGCUAUCCAACAGCGCGCUAUUAUGCCGUGCAUCAAGGGUCACGAUGUGAUUGCCCAGGCUCAAUCUGGUACUGGUAAAACUGCUACGUUUUCCAUUGCGAUCUUGCAGCAGAUCGACACCAGCAUUGCAGAAUGCCAAGCGCUGAUUCUGGCUCCAACCCGUGAGUUGGCCACCCAGAUCCAGAAGGUAGUGAUCGCCCUCGGCGAUUACCUGGGCGCCCAAUGCCAUGCCUGCAUUGGAGGUACGAAUGUCCGCGACGACAUGCGUAAACUGGAAAUGGGCUGCCACAUCGUGGUCGGAACCCCGGGACGUGUGCAUGACAUGAUCAGCCGUAAUGUCCUGCGCCCAUCGCACAUCAAGCUUUUCGUCCUGGACGAAGCUGAUGAAAUGUUGUCCCGUGGUUUCAAGGACCAGAUUCAGGAUGUUUUCCGUAUGUUGCCCAAUGAUGUACAGGUCAUUCUUCUCUCCGCUACCAUGCCAGCUGAAGUGUUGGAAGUCUCCACCCACUUCAUGCGUGACCCGAUCAAGAUUUUGGUCAAGAAGGAAGAACUGACACUGGAAGGUAUCAAACAAUUCUACAUCGAUGUGAAGCAGGAAAACUGGAAACUCGGCACACUAAUCGAUCUGUACGAUACGCUAUCCAUCACUCAGGCCGUCAUCUUCUGCAACACCCGUCGUAAGGUCGACCAGCUGACCGCUGAUAUGACCUCCCAGAGCUUCACCGUUUCUUCCAUGCACGGUGACAUGGACCAGCGUGAUCGUGACUUGAUUAUGAAGCAGUUCCGUACUGGAUCGUCCCGUGUCCUCAUCACCACGGAUCUUCUCGCUCGUGGUAUCGACGUGCAGCAGGUUUCCCUAGUUAUUAAUUAUGAUUUACCAACGUUAAGAGAAAACUACAUCCACAGAAUUGGCCGAGGUGGUCGUUUCGGUCGUAAGGGAGUUGCAAUCAACUUCGUUACUGAUGUUGACAGAAGAGUGCUGCAAGACAUAGAGAAACAUUACAACACCAAAAUCGAAGAGAUGCCAGCAAAUCUGGCUGAUAUGCUGUAAUUCCUACGCGCCCAGCAUACAAAAACAAGAACAGCAACAACAGCAGCAUAAACCAAUAAAAAUUCAGCAACAACGCCGUCAACUUUAGUAACAUCAUCGACCGGAAAACGAACAACCACGACUUCGUUGAAUCGAGGGAACCUGCAGAACAUCUCUUCUACCAAUCAACAUCUUAUAGACGACCGUCGUGAACCAUCCAAGAUCUAGAUCCGAAGAUAAAGAAAGCUUCUUUCAAAUUCAGGUGAAGAAACAAAAAAAACUGAUACACACAAUUUUUACUACAGAAACAAGAACAGCCCAGUUUACGUGAGUCAGGUAUUGCGCGAAUGUUUGUGAGAUUUCCCCAGAAUAUAAGCGUGCUCAUCAGCAAAGAUACGCCGCGUUUCUUUCCAACAAUUUAUGAAUGUACUUCUAAAGGAUCAUCUUCAAAGAUAAAUAAAUUCCUAGUACUAUGAAUUAUCAAAUUAUAGCGUAUACUGUUCAGCAUUCAGUAAGGGAAAGAAAACCUUUAUCAAAGUAUCGUUGAUUUUUGCUUUUAAACUAUUUUAUUUAUUAUUUACACCUUCCCGGACGCCUUACGUUCCGAGUCUUUGGGAUAACUUAUAUAUGAACUGGCAAACUAACAUUGUAAGAUAACACAUAAUUAAGUUAAUGAUUUAAAUUUAAAACUGAAAGUGAUGUAAACUGCAUUCAAAAGUUGACUAAUUCCAAUUUAACAGGGAGAAUAAAUCUGUUUUUGAUAUAACUGUACACUUAUUACAAUGUUUUUCUUUAUCUCUUUUCAUUCUAGGUGUAUGAGAAAAACACAGUUCACUCACACUUUCCGGGACGUAUCAUUGCUAGAAAAAAACAGAUCAUUGUAUGUGUAUCGAGAACCCGUACCACAAUCAACAAAUUGAAUAAACACCUUUCAAUAGGCAACAACAAAAAAAUCAGUCGCAAAAUACUACUAAAAAUACCAAACCUUAAUCACAAUCCUUGAAGAAGAAUCCUAGACUUGUUCUAUUUUACUUCAACCUUUCUCUAAUCCUUAACCCCCCAAUCACCAAAUUACGAAUGUAGAAUUGUUUAAGUGCUCUAGUUAGUGUCAGUUUAAAGUCAGUUACGAUUAUUCUUAACAUUGGCGGCCGGGAUCACUGUUUCGGGGCCUCACCUCGCCCGGAACGAUGCUUCUGACGGCCGAGGUGAGGGCCCGAAACAGUGUCGUGACAAGUCAAGCGAGUAUGCAAGCGAGCGAGCCACAGCGUGAGAAACCUAUGAAAUACUAGCAUUAGUGAACCUAUCUUUAAGAUUUAUUAACUUCCAAUCGCACGCAGAAACAGAACAAGAAGCGUCACUAUCAGCUAUUGGUUCUAAGGAAGAGAGAGAGCUAGCGCGAAAGAGAGAGAGAGGCUCAUAUCGGUGUUGGACUCGAAGGACACUCGAAGGAUUUGGCUAGAUCGCGAACAUCAACUCUUUCCUUUCUGAAAAAAAUAACUAAAACCUCUAAGCCCCUUUCGGUUGUAAAUUUUUGUUUUGUAUGAAAAAGGAACAUGUGAAAUCAACAACAGCUUGUAAUAAAUCAG